AGACCCUCUGAAAGUGGAAAGAGCAUUUUUUAAAAGAGUAAUAAGAAAAACAAUUAUCUUUGAACUCUCUCUAUCUCUCUCUCUCUCUCUGCGAUCUAUGCCUGAAGUGGAAGUGGAUAACAACAACGAGAAGCCAUCUGAGAUUAACAGUUUCCAUCACAUGAUCAUAAGUAGUAGUAAAAAUGUGUUGAAAAUGGAAGAAGUUGAGGUGAGCAAGAAGAGGAAAUUUCAGACAGAUCAAUCUGAUGAGUUAUCGUUAUUACCUCUGUCAAAACACACUUGUUUUGCCAAUGUUGCUUGUUCAGAGAAUACAAAUGGUAACUCGGAGAUUGAUACAGAGUAUUCAAUGUCUUCUUAUGUGAACUCAACAACUUCUAUGGAGUGUAACAAUGAUAUAGAGAUGAAAGAGGAAUCAUCUGGAUCAUGCGGUGAAGACAAGAUGAUCUCUUUCGAAAGCCAUCUAGAUUACAUCUAUGGGACUCAGAACUUAGAGGAUUUUUCAGAGAAAGUCAUUGAAAACAUUCUCUAUCUCGAUGAACAAGAAGAAGAAGAGGAAGAUGCUAAAGGAUGUAGUAGUAAUGCUGCUAAGUUUGUUCUGUCCUCUGGAAGAUGGACUGUUAACCAAGGUAAAGAAAACCGGAUUUUGGUUUGACCGUAUUGAUUCAAUGAACCGGGGAUUCACUAACUUGGUUUCAUGUGUACAGAUGAUUCUACUCUACAUGAGACAAAGAAGCCUACCAUUGAUCAAGAAUUUGAACAAUACUUCUCAACGCUAAUGCUGUAACAAAAUGAUGUUGAGACUCAAAACAUAUAUGAAGAGAUGUAUGUACAUAGAACUGUACUCGUUCUGUUUUGAUUCUUGUCAACCUUAAAAAAACGUUCAAUUCAAAGUGAUUAGAGAGCUUCUUUGAAAUGUUUGCAACUCUAGUCUUCAACUUUUAAGAUUUUUAUUAGCUUGCAAAACUAAUCUUGCUUAUAUAUCUUGUUCUGCCUGGAUCAGAAAUAAAA